AUGUCGUCUUUGAAGAUAAUCAUCGUUGGCGGUGGACUAGCAGGCGCUUGCCUUGCAAACGGUCUCAUAAAAAAUGGUGUUGAUGUGACAGUCUACGAGAGAGACCCGGAGAAAUCUGAUCGAGGAGGAUAUCAGAUACGACUUGGCCAGUACAGCCUUGAUGCCUUCCGACUGUGCCUGGACCAGGCACGUGUCGACGCUAUCGAGCAAAAAUUUGGCAUGUCUGCAGACACUAAAUCACCCUACACUGCACCCUCAAUCUACUCGACCGCCUUCAAGCCUAUUCUUGAUCUAGGCAAGCUGCCGACCUACAGUGCUUCGACUGCCAUCGACCGUGUGGUCUUGCGCGACUUUUUGGUCGACCCUCUGAAAGAUCACAAACGGAUCAAGUUUGGGCACAAUUUCACGCAUUACAGCAUCUACCGGACUCAGAAGGACGAAGAAAAAGUACGUGUAUACUUUGCAGACGGCACUACCGACUCAUGUGAUAUUUUGGUCGGCGCAGAUGGAAGUGCAUCAAAGAUAAACAAGCAAGUCGGCCUCCAGAACAUAAUCGAUAUCUCGUCCCACUGGGUCUUUGUUGCAAAGGGCCCUUUGCCUCCCGGUCGCCUCGAAAGACUGCCGAAGAGGCUUCUUUCUAGUCCGAUUCUUGUGUUUCAUGGAGGGGCAUCUUUAUACUAUGCUCUGUAUCUCCCAGCUGAGACCAAGAAGGGUACCGAGGACAAUGUCCUCUUUAACUACGAUCAAACCGAAGCUUCGUUCUACUGGGGCCUAACCAUACCGAAGAAGCAUUCUGUCAUUCAGGAGCCAGAAAAGAUCGCCGACCGCCUUCAGUUCUGUCUCGACUACAUGAAAGAUUGGGCUCCCGAGUACCAGACGAUGCUUUCCGUCGGCUCAACCGACAAAGACCGUGUUCCGGUGGCUAUGAUUCCUCUGCGCGCAAGCGAGAAGCCCUCGGAACACUGGCGCGAAGAACUUAGAUCCCAUCCAACUGGAGUCAGCGACGGAAAGGGUCAUCCGCGUGUGUGGCUGAUGGGAGAUUCGAUUCAUGCGAUGCAACCAAAUCGCGGUAUGGGUGGUAAUCAGGCCAUGUACGAUUGUGUUGAGAUGCUGCCAGAGCUGCUACGUCUUGCUGCGAUCUCGCAGCCACAACAAGCCGUCUCUACCGAAGAGGUCAGUCGGAGCGUACAAAUAUACGAGAAGAAGAUGUUGGCCCGAAGCUUCACCUGGGUGAAGAAAAGUGGUGGCACAAGCGUUCCGGAUCAGAACUUCAACGGCUUGGCGGGGUUCGUUAUAUCCACUAUCAACGCCCUCAUUCUUCCGAUAAUUUUCUACGUAUUUCAAGGAUUCCGCAGGGCCGGAAAAUGA